AUGCCCAAAUGCUCUGCUAGGAUACAAAACAAAACUCCACAGACUACUCCUCCAGCUCAUACUGGAAACAACAAGGUCACCAAGCCAACUAAAGGCAAGGCUGCGCCACACACUCUCAAAGAUAAAGAUGAAAGCUCAUCCCCAGAUAUAUCAAUGGAGGAUUUAACUGAUCAAGAACAAGCUCCCCUGAUUGUUCAUAUUACACGUCAAACAGAACAUAUGGCUGGUGUCCCCUUUGACAAAAUUAAGGGGAAAACUGCAAAAGAAAAGACAAAGAACUUAGACAAAUUAUUCAUGUCAUUUUUGUCUUACUCAGGAACACGCAUUAGAGUUAACAAAAAAGUCAAAAACUUGGUUGUCAAUUUUAUAAAUGAGGCAGAUUUGCACAAGACAAUACAACAGGAAAUUACAGUUUCUGACACAGAAAAGAUCUGCUGCAUCAAGUAG